GGAUGGUAAUGAGGGGCCCAGAUUUAAGAAAGGUAGAAGAAGAAGUGUAUAUAAGAAUGCUAAUUUAACCUUUCAUUCGGAGACCAGAACUGUAAGGUUGUCAUUCAUUAUUCCAGUGAUCGUCGUAGAAACUUGAGCUAAUGCCUCUUCAAUGUUUUCUGGAUUUGAUGAUUCAAAGAUCUGCUUAAAGUAGCUAGUAGCAAUGGUUACUAAUCCUUUUUCAUCUUCAACUAAAUUUCUAUUUGUAUCUAGGAAUUGUGUGAUUUUAUUACAUUAAAGGAACAAAAGAUCCAAAAAACAUUGAAAAUAGAUGGAACUGUGAGCUAUAACGCAUAAAUCUUUGGCUUUGAUUGGUAACUAUGCUGAAUGGCGGAAUGGAGUGUGAAAUGCGAUUCCGCAAGUAUUUUACCAAUCAACAAAAUGUUGCGGAAUGAAGAAAAAACGCAAAAACGCAAGUUUGCGUUUUCGCUGACAAAAAUAUAAAAAAAAAUUUUAUUAAGCGAAAAAGUGAGUUUUAGUGGAUUACGGUGGAAAAAUUUACAAAAUUAGUAUUUCAUAUUAUUAAAUUAUAUGCUAAUACUAUAUUAAAAUUUAAAAUACACAUCAAUAAUUUUUUAAUGAUAAAUAGUUAUAUUGUAAAUAAAGUUCUAUUAUAAUUUAUAUAUUAUAACAUGUCAAUCUAUUGUUAAAACGUAUUGAAAAAUAAGCUAGAUAUUUAUAAUAAGAACUAAAAUAUUUUCAAUAAAUUUUAGUUGUUUUCACAUUUGUAAUCAUUAGUUUAAUUAUUGCUAUUUGUUUUAUUGUUAUAACAAAUUAAAAACCAUAUAAAAUAGUUUAAUCAAUUUAAUAUAUAUUCCACCAUACCGCAAAUUUUAAAUUUUUCCGCGAUUUAAUUAAUUUUUUUCGCAGCUUAACUAUUAUUUCCGCGAUUGCGUGAUUAAGCAAUGGUUACUAAUAGGAAACCAUAUAAAAUAGCCUUUGUCUUGCCACCUGAUACAACGCUUUUGUUUUUAUUUUGUCUACAAAUGUAAAAUUUGUAUAUAAAUAUAUGUAAAAUGAUUAAAAUUAAUUCUUGAUUAAUUACUGAUUAAGUGAUUAGUCUGUAAUUUUUCUUUUUUAAUUAUUAAGUUCAUGCCAACCAAUUCACGCGUAUCGCAAUCUACAAAAAUGGAAUGUCUCAAUAACGAAAAAACGCAAGAAAAUGAAUUUGUAUCAACAAAUUUUUUUGUUUGAAUCCUGUAGUUUCAAAUAAAAGUCGAAAUUCGCUAAAAUUUCUCAGCAAAAUGAAUCAUUCACUUGGUUUAUUUAACUUAAUUUUUGUCUCAUUUAUAAUUGAAAAUAAAAAAUAAAAAAUACAGAGAAAAAACAUACCUCCACAACCUGGGUCCCCCACCUCGAGAAGUGUCUUUAUCUACACUUUUUGUAUUUUGUUUCCUCUCUCCCCCACCAUUCUUUCUCUGCUGCUCCUUCUCCUUCCAUUGUUCCUAAGAAAACCCUUUUCAUGUCUUCCUCCUCUUCAGCUUCCGACAACGGUAAUUCCAGCGGUGGUCUCAGCUCCGUCGCCGGUAGAAGUGGCGGCGUUUUCGAGGCCCCAUCUCCAUCUCGCCCUCGCCACAGUGCCAACGACGUCUGGCCAGAACCUUUCCUCGAAUCUCUUGCCGUUCAAGUUGCCGUUGACGCUUCCUUCUCUACUAGCCCUGUCGACGCAGCACCUGCUCUUGCCAGCGUUUUCCGGGUCUGCACAAUGUGGCAGGCUGUUUCUCGUUCCGACCAUCUGUGGCAACUCCUAUCUCGCCAAGUUUGGGCAAGAACACGUUUAAUGCACGACACAUGGCGAGAUGAGUUCAUCUACCGACAUCGGACGGCUAGGAACUUCCAGACGCGUUCGUACGUACACGUCACACUCAAUUUUGAUCCGUCUGACGUGGACGAACCGGAUAGUCUCUCUUGCCGCUGUCUCAGACUCUCUGAUCUCUAUUUAGCUGCGGGUUUCGCCGACGGAACAGUUCGUCUCUUUCUCUUGAACAGCCGUCUCCACGUCAGGACGCUACGUCCGCCUCCACGAGACCGGUUUGGACGAUUUUCCCGAGCAGUCUCGGGCAUUGUUAUCUCAGAUUCGAGAUUGGUUUUCGCCACGAUGGACGGAGACAUCCACGUGGCGGAAAUUAACGGCGUGGGUAGUCACACGCGCACAGCUUUCGUUGGAGAUAUUGUUAACGACGGCGCGUUAGUGGAUUUCACGGGCUGUGGACGCUACUGGGUCGGACUUUUUGCUGGUGUUCCGGGUCGGGCUUUUCACAUUUGGGAUUGUAUCAACGAAGAAACAACAUUCGUUGGUGGUUCGCUCACCGAUCCAGAAGCUGUUAUGGGAUGGCACACGUUAACGGAGCUAACGAUGUCUCUUGGCCGGCUUCGAAUCUCCGGUGGAGAAACAGCAGUGGCGUGUACAGGAUGGAGAAUCAUGGUGAUCGAUCUGAGAAACCAAGGAGUGAUCAUCGGGGAGGACGAGGAGCAACGGAGAGGACUUAUAGUGACGGGUUUUGAUGCUAACGAUCAGGCGUACGUUAGAAUGGAUAGUAGGGGUAACGCUAUUGUGCGCAGAGUGAGGACGCAAGAAACUGUUUGUGAAUUCCGUGUGAGUAGAGCGGCGCAGAGAAGAGUGAUGGGCUGUGUUAAUAGACUGCACGCCUUAAUGUGCGCAGGAGGUGUGAUGCGCGUGUGGGACGUACAGAGAGGAGGAGAAUAUCUUUACAGUUUUAGAGAGAGAGUAGGAGAAGUUGAUGCUAUCGUUGCCAACGAUAGACAUGUGGCCGUUGCUUCAUCUUCAUCAACGGCUGUGAGUACUAUACAUCUGUGGGAUUUCGGUGCACUGUAGAGUUCCAGAUUAUAACGUGUGGUUGAUUAAUUAAAAGGAGAAAAGGAACCAUUUUCUCUGAAAAAGCGAAGCCCUAAACCUAGGUGUAUAUGUAGGGUUUCUGAAUUAUAAUUUAAUUUGGAAAGUGACGGAUUGGAGAUGGUGACAUGAGGGUGAGAUUCACAAGGGAGAUUGAAUAUCUUCUACAGAGUUUGACCAAAAGUAUGUUACUGUUUUUGUCUAAAACCAAACAAAAUGGACUUUUUCUUAUCGCUUUUUCUGACGUUUAGGGUUCUCAUAUCAAUUCUGACGCUGUACGAGAUGUUAUUCAUUUUCCAUUUCUGUUUUUAUUUUUGUGGUUCUGUAUAAUUAUUUGAAAGUGUUAAAACUUUAUCUAGAAAAAUAUUUCACACGCGGUGUAGACAGAAGCAAGACCAAAACUGUAGAAGGGUUUAAAAGUGAAUCAUGAGAUCAAGUGGAGUUUUGGCUGUUUAUUAAAUGCUAAGAGCAUCUCCUAACACUACUGUAAAAUUGAGUUGAUUAUGUAGUUGUGAAUAAAUAAAAAAAAUAUAAUUGCAUAUAUAGAGUAAUGAUUUUUUGUUUGUUCACAAUGGUAUAAUUCACAACGGUAUAAUUCACGUUAUUUUACCAUAAAUUUUGUAGUAGAGUUGGAAAUGCUCUAAGAAUAACAACUAUUAUUAUUAAACUUUUUUAUAAGAAUUUUGAUUUUGAUUAUUAUUUUUAUCAUUAUUAGUGUCAAUUUCUAAGUUGCCUUCUUCCAGAUCACAUAAAUUGGAUUACAUGGAAUAUGAAAUAUAAGAGAGUUGAUGAUGCAACUGUUCAGUUCUUAUUGUUAGAAUUUGUCCAUUUGUAUCUGUGCCCAAGUAAAAUGUUCAAAAUGACUGUCAAGCUAAUAUAGCCAUAAAAUUUUAUGAACUUUUAUACACAGAUAUUGCAAUCUACUUACUAUAUAUACAAGUAAUUUAAAGAUUUUUCUUUCAAUCUCAGAUACGCAGUAAAACCAUUUAGUUAAUUAAUCUCUGUGUAUUUAUACUCUUAACUCAAUUGUUUUGUAGAAUUAUGAUACAGACAACAAAUUUUUAUCUUAUAUGAGUGUCUUUUUUUUUUCUUUUUUUUUGAACGCCAUCUUAUAUGAGUGUCUAUAACAAGAGAUUUUUAUAAUCAAUUUUGGAUACGUCAUAAGGUAGUUAUCUCAUUUUUCAUUUUAUUUAAUCUGCCUUUUACAAAAUUCAUAAUAGAAUGUUUGACAUUUGAAAGUGAGGGCUGAAAUUAAGUAUUUUCCAAUGUUUUUAUGGGCUAACAAUGUUUUUGAUAUUGGAUCCAAAAUUAUAAAGUCACUAGGACAAUUCUCUUAAAACACGCUAAAAUAGUUUUUUAACCGAUAUAAUACAUAAGAAAAAAUGACAUAAAUACAUUUUAUUAACUAGAUAAAAAAAUUUUAUAUCCAAA